CGAGACAGGCUUAUUGAACAAUACUUUCACCUUGGAUACUCUCAAAAAGAAAUAGUUUGCUGUCUUCUGUUGUUGCACCGUCAAACAUUAAGUAUCACGCAGCUGAAAAGAGUACUCGCUUCGAAAGGCCUGACAAGAAAGGGCUGUUUCUCAGACCUCCGAGCGAUAGUAAGUGCUAUUGAACAAGAGCGUAGAGGCAGUGGAAGUGAAAUUGGCUAUAGAGCUAUGUGGCAGAGAUUAGUGGUGSAACAUGGUCUAGUGGUUAGUAAAGAAGCAGUAAGGCAUGCCCUCAGUGUUGCCGAUCCUGCUGGAGUAGAACGACGUUUACGGCAUCGUUUACAAAGGCGACAAUACAACGGUCAUGGUCCUAAUCACCUCUGGCAUAUAGACGGCUAUGACAAGCUAAAACCAUUCGGAUUUUGUGUACAUGGUUGUAUAGACGGCUAUAGUAGACGGAUUAUGUGGUUAGAAGUCGCGACAACGAACAAUGACCCAGCUGUUGUUGCAAAGUACUAUGUUAAAUGCAUUAAAGAAGUUGGURGCACAUCACGUAUUGUACGAGCCGAUUAUGGCACUGAAAACACUAAUAUUGCAGCAAUGCAACGUUUUCUUAGAAGUAGUUCUUGUGAUUCAUUUGCUGGGGGCAAAAGCUUUCUUUAUGGUCGUUCAGUCUCUAAUCAAAGGAUAGAAGCUUGGUGGAGCCAGUUGAGAAAGGGGUCUCUAUUGUGA